AUGGAAAGAACUAUCGAUCGUGAACAACCACACUAUUUUGGUGCUGGUCCAGCAUUAUUACCUGCUGAUGUGUUGAAAGAAGCUGCAUUAGACUUGGUUAACUACAGUGGCGAUAAUUUAGGGAUUGGAGAAAUCAGUCAUCGUGAUAAAAGAGCUGUCAAGGUUAUUGAUGAUACCAAAGCUAAUCUCAGUAAAUUAUUAGAUAUUCCAGAAACCCAUGAAGUUUUCUUCAUGCAAGGUGGUGGUACUACUGGAUUCUCGUCAAUUGCUUACAAUUUAGCUGCCAAUUAUGCCACUAAAAAUAACGGUGAAACCCCUAAACUUGCUUAUGCUGUUACUGGUGGUUGGUCUCAAAAAGCCAAUGAAGAAGCUAAAAGAUUAGGUUUUCAAACUCAAGUAGUUGUUAACACCAAGGAUAUCAAAUAUACUGACAUACCACCAUAUUCUGAAUGGACUCCAAUUGAAAAAGGUACUGCUUAUUUAUAUGUUGCUGACAAUGAAACUGUUCAUGGUAAUGAAUUCAAAGAUAUCCCAACUGAUUACUUACCUGAAGGUGUUGAAUUAGUAGCUGAUAUGUCUUCUAACAUUUUAUCCAAGAAAAUUGACGUUUCAAAAUAUGGUUUGAUCAUGGCUGGAGCUCAAAAAAAUAUUGGUUUAGCUGGUUUAACUAUUUAUAUCAUCAAAAAAUCAUUACUUGAACAAGCAUCUGAUGAUCAAUUAGUUUCAUGGGGUAUUGCUUUACCUCCUAUUGCCUUCCACUAUCCAACUGUCGUCAAAAAUAACUCAACUUACAAUACUAUUCCAAUCUUCACUUGUCAAAUAUUGAAAUUGGUUACUGAAAAAUUGAUCAAAGAAGGUGGUAUUGAAGAAAUUCAAAAGACUAACGAAAAGAAAGCCGAAAUCUUAUAUGGAGCUUUAGAAAAAUAUCCUAAUUUCUACAAAUUAGCUGUCAAGGAGAAAGCCAGAUCCAAUAUGAAUGUUGUUUUCACUCUUCAUAAUGCUGAAUUAGAACCAGAAUUCAUUAAACAAGCUGAAGCUCAACAAUUAUUCGGUUUGAAAGGUCAUAGAUCUGUUGGAGGUAUGAGAGCUUCAAUUUAUAACGCUGUUACCUUAGAAACUACUGAAAAAUUAGUGGAUUUCGUCAAACAAUUCGCUGAAAACAAUUCUUAA